UCACUCAGCUAAGCCAGUCGUCAGCUGGUUGCCGAUCUAUGUGGAUCUCGUACAACUAUUUUGCUUUUUCUGAGAAGUGCUGUGUUCAAUUUUAAAAAACAUAUAAAAAUUAUUUGUAAUCAUUGAUAAUUAGUUAUAUCGGUGAUUAGACAAAUACUACGACCUAAUCGUUCUAUCAAAAAGGUGUUGGAUACGGACAAAGAAUCAAAAGAGAGAAUAAGAGACACAAAGAGAGAAGAAAGAGAGAGAAAGAGAGUACUUGAAGUUGAGACAAUACUAAUAGUUAGCAACGCAUACAAAGAAGAGAAGGAACGCGCAAAAACAGCACGCGCGCACGCGCAAUGAAUUACUCUGUUGAUUAUAGUAGUCACGGUUGUUUUUAAAAACACUUGCUAUUUAUAUAUUUAUAUACAUAUACAUAUAUAUAUAUAUAUUUAUAUACCUAUGUUUAUGCAUGUAUAAAUAUAUAAAUUUUAGACAAAGAUCCAAAUGAAGUUUACCUAUUUUUAUUUUUUUUACAAUAAAUAGACAGAAAAAGAGAGAGACGGAGAGAGAGAGAGAGAGAGAGAGAGAGAGAGAGAAAAUAGUUAGGAUCAGACAAAAGUGUGAGUGCAAGAUUGGAUUGAUAAAUAGAUAAAAUAGAUUUAUAGGUAAAGUUCAGUAUGUCGAUAUUUUCAAAAUUAAUCGAUAAAACGUCUGUCAAAUACGGCAUUCGUCAGGAACAUCUGACUCAUAGUAUAGCCGGUGUCGUCACCGUUCUUUAUUUCCUCAAAAUUGGUUAUCCUUUUCUACUUGAUAAAGUUCGUCAGCGCCACCGGCCGGCGAGUGAACUAAAGAAAGACGAGGAUGAAAGAUCUAGGAACGAUUCGAAAAAACGCGGGAAAGAUCGGAAACAUUCGAGAGAUCAAAAUUGUAAUAAAAAUCAUCGGGAUGAUGAUGAUGAUAAUAUCGAAUCCAACAAAGAAAAAGAAGAUAAUAAAGAAACAGAAAAGGAGAAAAAUGAUAAGAAUAAUAAAAAGAUGAAAGAAAAAAUCAUUGGUUUGGAUCGUGCAUUUCUAAAACAUUUGAUAACCUUGUUAAGGAUCAUGGUGCCAAGUUGGAGAUCGAAAGAAUCUGGUCUUUUAGCUUGUGCUACUCUCACAUUACUAGCUCGUACUUUUCUCUCCGUUUAUGUAGCUACUCUUGAAGGACAGAUUGUCAAGAGAAUCGUUUUGAAGGACAUUCGUGGUUUCUUUUUUAUGAUGGCAAGAUGGUUCGCCAUUGCAUUCCCAGCUACAUUUGUAAAUUCGGCUAUUAGAUACUUGGAGGGUCGUUUGGCUCUUAAUUUUCGGGAAAGAUUGGUUGAACAUGCUUACAAAAUGUACCUGAGUCAACAAACCUACUAUAGAGUAACAGCUCUGGACACAAGACUAGGUGGACUUGAACAAAGACUGACUGAUGAUUUAUCCGAAUUAGCAAGCUCCAUUGCUCAUUUAUAUUCGAGUUUAACGAAGCCUUUGUUAGAUUGCGCUUUAGUGGGAGUCGCACUUAUAUCAUUUUCGAUGAAUAUGGGAGCAAGGACUAUACCUGGGCCGUUGUUAGCAUUGGUAGUAAUCACCUUGACCGGACAAGUGUUGCGUCUUGCCUCCCCUCGUUUCGGUCAGUUAGUAGCAGAGGAGGCUACUAGACGUGGUCGUUUGCGAGAAGCUCAUGCACGUAUUAGUGCUCAUGCCGAAGAAAUUGCUUUCUAUGGAGGUCACCAAACCGAACACCGUUAUCUUACUACCGCAUAUAAGUCUCUCGUAAAUCACUUGAGAAGAAUCUUAGCUAAGAAGUUGUGGUACGUUAUGUUGGAACAAUUUCUUAUGAAAUACCUUUGGUCAGGAACCGGACUACUCCUGAUCGCGUUACCACUUCUCUACAAUUCCGGUAGCUUGUCACAAAAAAGCGGAAUCAAAGAUAACGAAGAUGGUGCUGUGAGUGAGAGAACUAGAUAUCUGACAACAUCGAAAAAUUUGUUAUUGUCUGGCGCGGAUGCCGUGGAAAGGCUUAUGGUUUCUUAUAAAGAAUUAAUUGCCUUGGCCGGUUAUGCGGAACGUGUUAAUCAAAUGUUUGAAGUAUUUAAAGACGCUGCACUUUGCAAGUAUCAAAGGAACGUACUUGUUAAUGGUUCGAUAAGAACGAACAAUGGAACUACUUCACAUUCCGAUCGAAUGACUAUCGAAUUUAAGGAUGGUCAUCCCGUUAUAAAAGGAAUCGUCAGAGAAAGUAAAGAUGGUAGUAUAAGUCUGAUAAAUGUACCAAUAGUAACGCCUAACUGUGAAAUCAUAGUCUCCAGUUUAACAAUGACAAUACGACCGGGUGAUCAUCUAUUGAUAACGGGACCUAACGGUUGUGGAAAAAGUUCGCUAUUCCGAAUAAUUUCUGGUCUAUGGCCAAUUUAUGGUGGUACAUUGAUUAGACCAGCCGAAAGUUAUUCGGUUAGAAGCGGAAGGCCUUCCUUAUUUUAUAUACCACAGAAACCUUAUAUGACGGUAGGCUGUUUAAGAGAUCAGAUUAUAUAUCCUGCCGAAUCGGAAACAGAAGAUUGUUCGGACGAGGAACUUUUAAAAUUAUUAGAUGAAGUUGAUUUGAAAGGUUUGGUUGAAAGAGAACCUGAUGGAUUAAAUGCCUUCGGUGAUUGGGAUUCGACAUUGUCGGGUGGUGAAAAACAAAGACUUGCUAUAACUAGAUUAUUUUAUCAUGCCCCACAAUAUGCAUUGUUAGAUGAAUGUACUAGUGCUGUUAGUAUCGAAGCAGAAGGUGUUAUGUAUGAGACUGCUAAAAAACGUGGAAUCACAUUGUUAACUAUCACCCAUCGGCUAUCCUCUUUAGCUAAGUAUCAUAAAUUAGUAUUACGAUUCGAUGGAGAAGGUGGAUGGACGUUUGGACCAUUGAACGAGGACAACCUUAAUUUAUUAAAUCCUAAUCUUAAUCAGAACAAACAAAAUGAUAAUCAAUUGAACGAUAAUAUCAAGGGCAGCCAUUAUCAAAUGUUUCACGAACUUCACGAAACGCAUACAGAGGACACUUACGUUGGAAUAAGCUGAAAACGUUAUUAAUUAAACAACAAAUAGUUUUAGGAAAAAUUCAUAUAUUUUCUUAUACCUAAUAUAUAUAUAUAUAUAUUAGAUUGUGCAUAUUGUACAAAAAUUAAUAUAUAAUACUUAAUAUUUUUGUAUAACGUAUAAUUCAUCUGAUUUCCAUAGUACAUUUCAAGAAAUAUCUGUAGAAUAUCUGUUAUCUAGUUAAUUACAAUAUUCGUGUAUGUUAUUUGGCGGUUCGAUAUUAUUAUUAUAUAUAUAUAUAUAUAUAUAUAUAUAUAUAU